AUGUCUCCCACUGUGGCCUAUGUCGACGUCGUCUACUCGCCACUGUACAUCACUGAACGAACACUUCUCCCUCGGUCCGACGAUGAGUCUCUCUGGGACAAAGUCCAGCCCGCCGCCGCCUUCGAGUGCCCCGAAGCCCUGCUCCUGGUCUGGCCGAUCUUGAGACCCAUCACCGACAUCACCGUCCUCGACAGCAGAGCUGCCACAGGAGAGGCAUUCAAGAACCGGCAGCCGUUUGUGACCGAGAAUCCGGAUGGUUCCAAGGCAUUUCACCCCAUGGCCUUGCGCUACCUACCCCUUCCUCUCCCAUAUGCCGGCAUCUUUGACGAAUUCCUCGCGCUCAGCGAGAGAAUGACGGAGCUGCACGAGUUUGACUGGGACAACAUCAAGGAAGCUCAGCGCGCGGGCGUUACGAAGUUCUACUGCUGCGACGAGGAGUGUGAGAGCCAACCGUACUUGUCCAUGACCGAGAAGUCGAAGUUGGUGAUUCAAGCGCAGGAGAAGCCCUACGUCACCCUUACCGAGGCCGUCUCUGCUACUCACGAGUGGCUUCUUACCAUGCAGGAGGAUAUCCUCAUUGCUGAAAGAACGCAGUUCCCGGAGGACGAUACUUGGGGUUGCCAGACGCCACUGCCACCGAGGCGCACAAAGUUUUGGGUUUCUGGUCUCUGGGGGACGAAUGUUGUCCGCCAGGGCAGCGUUGGCUCUGGGGAGCAGUUCCAGUGGAAUCCUAGGACGGGAGAGGAAUGCCCGCAGACGGAGGAGGAGUGGGAGGAGCUUUUGGAGAUGGCGAGAAAGAGGCGACGCGACUUGCGUGCCAGGGGCGACGGCGGUCAUAAGCCAGGGAUGGUAGAAGUGGAUUAA